UGACGUCACGGAGUCACUUUCCGGCCGGUGGCAGAGUCGGGCUGAAGUUGUGGUUGCCGGGGGGCGCCAUGGGGGCCACGGGCGACGCCGAGCAGCCGCGGGGACCCAGCGGGGCGGAGCGCGGCGGCCCGGAGCCGGGGGAUGCGAGCGCAGCCGGGCAGCUGGUUCUUACGAACCCUUGGAACAUAAUGAUAAAGCACCGUCAGGUGCAGCGAAGGGGUCGCCGCUCACAGAUGACAACAAGCUUCACAGACCCGGCCAUAUCCAUGGAUCUCCUCCGGGCCGUCUUGCAGCCCAGCAUCAAUGAGGAGAUCCAGACGGUCUUCAACAAAUACAUGAAGUUCUUCCAGAAGGCAGCACUCAAUGUGCGAGACAACGUUGGGGAAGAGGUGGAUGCCGAGCAGCUGAUCCAGGAGACCUGUCGGAGCUGCCUGGAACAGGCUAAACUACUCUUUUCUGAUGGAGAGAAAGUUAUACCCAGAUUGACCCAUGAACUUCCAGGCAUAAAGCGAGGUCGGCAGACAGAGGAAGAAUGUGCCCAUCGAGGAAGCCCCAUUCCCAAAAAGAGGAAAGGACGGCCUCCCGGACACAUCCUGUCCAAUGACCGGGCAGCUGGCGGCAUGGUCAGAUGGAAGCCAAAGUCUUGUGAACCAAUCCGCCGGGAAGGCCCCAAGUGGGACCCAGCUCGGCUGAAUGAAUCGACCACUUUUGUGUUGGGAUCGCGAGCCAACAAGGCCCUCGGAAUGGGGGGCACCAGAGGGAGAAUCUACAUCAAGCACCCACAUCUCUUUAAGUAUGCAGCCGACCCGCAGGACAAGCACUGGCUGGCUGAGCAGCACCACAUGCGGGCAACAGGAGGGAAGAUGGCCUACCUCCUCAUUGAAGAGGACAUCCGGGACCUCGCUGCCAGCGAUGAUUACAGAGGAUGCUUGGACCUGAAACUGGAGGAGCUGAAAUCCUUCGUGCUGCCCUCCUGGAUGGUGGAGAAGAUGCGGAAGUACAUGGAGACGCUGCGCACCGAGAACGAGCACCGCGCUGCGGAGGCGCCCCCGCAGAGCUGAGACCCCCCACCCCGUCCGCCCCGCUGGGCAGCCCGCCACCAAGGACCCCCACCCCCGUGGCGAGGCCAGUCCUGGGACUGCGCCUGGACGGGUGUCAGCAGCAUUAAGCUGUGCCUGGGCUGGUCUGCAGCAGCUCACUGCAGGGCACCCCAGACUGGCAUGUGGUUCUGUAUUUGUAAAGUGAUUAGGAUAAGAAGCAAUUAAAGUUUUUAAUAAACUCAGA